UGGCGAUCGAGCUCCAAACCCUAUCGACUCUCCCUUCGCUGCCACUUCGUCGCCGCCGGGAUGGGGCGCGUGAUCCGAGCUCAGAGGAAGGGAGCGGGUUCGGUGUUCCGGUCGCACACGCACCACCGCAAGGGGCCGGCGCGGUUCCGGAGCCUCGACUUCGGCGAGCGCAAUGGGUACCUCAAGGGCGUGGUGACCGAGAUCAUCCACGACCCCGGCCGCGGCGCCCCUCUCGCCCGCGUCACCUUCCGUCAUCCCUUCCGGUACAAGCUCCAGAAGGAGCUGUUUAUCGCCGCCGAGGGCAUAUACACCGGCCAGUUCAUCUACUGCGGUCGCAAGGCCUCCCUCAUGGUCGGCAACGUUCUCCCGCUUCGCUCCAUCCCCGAGGGUGCUGUUGUCUGCAACGUCGAGCACCACGUCGGCGAUCGCGGCGUCCUCGCCCGCGCCUCCGGCGAUUACGCCAUAGUCAUCAGCCAUAAUCCUGACAAUGGCACGUCGAGGAUCAAGCUUCCAUCCGGAGCCAAGAAGAUUGUCCCAAGUAAUUGCCGCGCCAUGAUUGGGCAGGUUGCUGGUGGUGGGAGAACUGAGAAGCCAAUGCUCAAGGCUGGCAAUGCAUACCACAAGUUCAGGGUGAAGAGGAACUGCUGGCCUAAGGUUCGUGGUGUGGCCAUGAACCCUGUGGAGCAUCCUCACGGAGGAGGAAAUCACCAACACAUUGGCCAUGCUUCCACUGUUCGCCGUGAUGCUCCUCCUGGGCAGAAGGUUGGUCUCAUUGCUGCAAGGAGGACCGGUCGUCUACGGGGACAGGCUGCUGCCACUGCUGCAAAGGCAGAGAAGACUUCUUAGUUUGCUAGCAAUAACAAGCGUAUGGUACCUUGGUUUCAUUUGAGAGUAUAAUGGUGGUGACUUUUGUUAAUGUUGUGCUGGACCCUUCUGGACUUAUUAAUCUUGUUCAUGAAUUGGCUACUUUGAUUUACAUAUAAGAUGUUGGUUGAAUCACCAGGUUCAUA